AUGGUGGAAGAGGAAAGAAGGGAAUUCAUUGAACAUUACAAGAGGGGUGACUUAGAGGAGGAGGAGGAAAAGGAAGAAGACAAGGAGGACAUUCUCCCACCUGAUAAAAGUAUCCGAAGGAGAGCUGUGGGCUGGAUAAAUAAGAAGUGGGAGAAGAGGAACCUCAAGAAGAUCGAGAGAACCUAUCAGAGAGAAGCUGAGGAGGGCUAUAAGAUCGUCCACAUAGCCAUCCCUGGACACACAAGGCUAACAGCCACCAUGACACGGGCAGAGAGAGAGAGGGAGAAGAGGAAGGAGCUGCUGAAGGCUGAGAAGAGAAGGAAGAAGAUGGAGGAUUUUAAUAAGCAGUGGAGAGAGCAGUCCCUGCUUAAAAAACAAACUCAUCAGAAACUGAAGGAGGAGAGGGGGAAGAUGAAGGGACAUUACCUGGAGCAGAUGAAUCUGGAGGCUGAUGCUCAAAUCAACACCCGGUGUCUAACCACCCAACACAGCCACGAUUAUCUGGAGACAACACAGCCCACUGGAUCUGGAGAUGGCCACCAGGAAAGGCCAAGGAGGCAACAGGCAUGGGCAGAGAACCAGGAGGGGAGUUCAGAGAACCAGCAGGGGGGGCCAGAGAACCAACAGGGGGGGCCAGACAGCCAGCAGCUAGAAGCUCCAGAAGAGGCUGAAACAUCAGAGCCAACCUCCAAGAACAAGAAAAGGCCAGGCAUCUGGAAGAGAAUUAAGAUGGGGUAAAGAAUGUUUAAACAUCUAUUCAUGUUUUACACUGUUAAUAUAUAUGUUGUCACUUUAAAAAGUGACAUUAUCCAAAUGUGAGGGUUUA